AUGGUGAAUGUGCUAUACUUGUUAAUUGUGCUGGAGAAUGUGCAUAAAUGUGCUUUUCAUUGUUUUGAUGGUUCUUGUCCAAAAUGUUCAGCAUUUGUUACUAGAAUAUUUAAUCAAAUUUGUGUUGUUGGUGAUUUUCGUAAAAGAAUACAGGAAUGGAAAGGUCAUUGUUAUGAAAUGUUUCGUGCAAUUGUUAUGGCUAAAUUUGAAGAAGAAUUUGUUAAAUCGGGAGCGACACCUUCAAUUGGUAAUAGGAGUGGGGCUGUUGGUUUAAUUGGUGGAAUUGUUCAACGGCGAGCACGUUUAGUUUGA